ACAGAUAUUCAGUUCUAGUUCCGGGCUUGUUACGCAGAGGCGCACGCACGCGUUUGGCAAUUGCUCCGAAGGUUGGCUCUUGGUUUCAGUCACAGCCGCUUCUUUUUUCUUCGCCGCCGCGGGCGCCGUCAGUAGCAAUGUUGGCGCUCAACUCUGCCCGCCGCCUGAUGCUGCUUCUCGUGCAGCCUCAGCAGUGCCGGGCCGCUGCCGAGGAGUUGCUGCUGCUCCAGGUUUUCUCCCAGCGCGCCCUCAGCCGCACCGGCCGCGCCUGCAGUAGCCAGAGGCGGGACGACGACAACAACCCUUUGGUCUACCUGGACAUGGGAGCUGACAACCAGCCUCUCGGCCGGGUCGUGUUGGAGCUGAAAGCUGAUGUGGUGCCAAAGACAGCAGAAAAUUUUAGAGCGCUUUGCACUGGAGAAAAAGGCUUUGGAUACAAAGGCUCCACCUUCCACAGAGUGAUUCCUUCUUUCAUGUGCCAGGGCGGUGACUUUACUAAUCACAAUGGAACAGGAGGCAAAUCUAUAUAUGGCAGUCGAUUUCCUGAUGAAAACUUCAUCCUUAAACAUGUUGGACCAGGUGUUCUCUCAAUGGCAAACGCUGGACCCAACACAAAUGGCUCUCAGUUCUUCAUUUGCACAGCCAAAACUGAUUGGCUGGAUGGGAAGCAUGUUGUGUUUGGUCAUGUGAAGGAAGGGAUGGAAGUUGUGAAAAAAAUUGAGAGCCUUGGCUCCAAGAGUGGGAAGCCUUCAAAGAAGAUUGUCAUUACUGACUGUGGCCAGCUGUCAUAAUUCAAGAUGUGCCAACCUCUGGAGAAUCAGUGAUGCAAAAAGGAAUCCAUGAAUUCUUACUUGCACAUUUCUCAUCUAGAUAAGACUUCGUACUGAUAAGAAAAUUGAAUCCUUGCUGAGCCAUGUUCAAGGACAAGAGAAGUGUAUGAAAAAUUUCAGCUUUAAAAAUCAAUUUGGUCAAACAUUACAAUUUUCAGAUUUUUUAUUUUGAAACAGUUGUACAUUUGAUUUUAGUAUUUAACUUAAGGUUCUUUUCAUUAUAAUAGAUAAUGGAAAUGAAAGACAAAGGCUGCUAGCAAAGGUCUACUAAAAACCUCUUUAGUGGUUUAACUGUGACUUUUACAGAAUUACAGAGUUGUGACAAUCUUAUUUAGAUGAUGGGAAAACUAAGUAAGUUUCUAAAAAUAUAAAGAUUAUCCUGUAGUCUGGUUGAAUUUUUACUUGAACUCUCUUAUUUCAAAUGAAUAUAUUAAGUGAUAUGUAGUGUAUGACAAAUCUCCAGCCUCUCUGGGAUAGAUGUCAGAAUAUAGAUAAUUAAAUGGUUAAUAGUGUGGACUUAGGAGUUCAGCUGACCCAUCAAGAUGACUUAAUGAAUAGCAUUCUAUCACCCACCCUCAUUGAGUAAAUCUUUUCAACCAAAGGGGCUGAUCCACAUAGUGCAAGAAUAUAUCUGUGCUUAAAGUACAAGCUACAUACAUGGUAUCGGUGGACUUCCUACAGUGUUCUUCCAGUGCUGUCCUGGACCAUCACAAACCUUUAACAAAGAAGACAGAAUUAACUAAUAAUUGCUUUGGUUGUUUAGGCUUAACACUUGUGACAUGCUACUGUUAGGAUUUGAAUCUGAGAGCAUGUUCCCACAUCAGCUGAAAACAUUUUGUUACCUUGUAAAAGUAGGAACUAGCCAAAACUACAUCACAUGCAACUGUGAACCUUUCAAAUAGAGCAUGCAGAAGGGCUCACUUUAAACGGUAUAUUAUUUCCCAGCUCUUGUGGAUCCUGUGCAAUAGUUGACUAAACUGUGUUCCACAUAUAACAGCUCUGGUUUAUGUUAGAGCUUACAUUACACUGCAUUUCUCUGGGUGUAUUACUUGUGUAUCAUGUUAAAACCAGAGUAAAUAGCUGGAAAAGACUAUUAGGCAUGGGGAUUAAUACAAUUAUGCAAGGAGGGAAAAGUUUGUGCAGUUGAUUAUUUUUACCCCUUGCUUCACACUCGUUUAUUUAAAUGAUCAGUAGGUUCAACUGAGGCAAGCUGAAUUUAAGAAGAAAUACUAAACAAUGAGGGGUCCCUUGGCUCAUAUUCUGGGUCCAUUUAUGCUAACGGGCAUAUCUGUUUAACAUUAUUUAAAGUGUCACAGGUAUUCCUCCCCACACCCCCAAAUUCUUGAGAUUGUAGGGUAUUGAUAAUUCCUAGAGAUCCUUAAGUGCCUCCACCUCAGUCACAGAUCUUCAGUUCUUAUGGUACCCUGUGGAAAGGGGUUAUUAAAUCAAUUUCUGUUGUGUAGAUAUGUCUUGAAUUGCAGGAAAAGUGGCCUACAUAAUCAGUAUCACUGUCAUUAUCUCAGGUAUGUGUGUCCAAAAUCCACUGCAGGCACACAAUGAUGAAAUUACGAUCACAGAUACAGAGCAAGAAAAGAUGACUGAAAUAUCCUGAGAUUCCCUGUGCUUGCAAAUGAAGGUUGCUACUGAUAAUUCAUUAAUUGUUCGACCUCUGAAAUAGCCUGUUGGAACAAGCUAAAUGGAGAAGUCCAGUCUAUGUUCACGGAGCUAGUUCUUGCUUGUGAAUUGUGCAUGGCUCUGUUAAAGGGGAAAUUAAACUGGGAACCUUACAAGGCUGUUUUUAACAAUAAAUACCUUUUAAUUUUUAUGUAUAUUAUAGAGAAUACUAUUAAGAAAUGUAUCUGAGUGUUUCGUACACUCAGUAAAGAUUUAAAAUGUGAAUGCCCUAUCAUGUGAGUGUUUUUCUAUAGCAGAUAACAUCACUGCAGGUUUAAAAUACUACAAUUUGCACUAAACCUAUGCAGGUGGUGAAAGGUUAAUUAAAGAUACCUCUUAUCAAUUGUUCUUGCAUUCUUUGAACUAUGUUUAUAAUAUUAGCAAUCUAACUUGUUUGGCUUAGGCCGAGUAUCAAUAAUUGGUGUUUUUGUUACAUGUUCUUUUUUGUAUGUGUAAGAUAAUUAAAUACCUUUUUUAAA